UCUGCUUACUUAGAGAACUAAAAUACCCUACAGUCAAACAAAUUGCAGUCCUUAGAGAAAACUCGUUGCUUAUUCACCCUCCUGCUUCAGCCCAGCCCUGGAAGUUUCCUUCCAUCAGGCAAAACCUCAGUGAGAGGGGAGUGAAGAUGAAAGCCUGUGCUCCUUUCGCUCUCGUCUUGGCUCUGGCUCUGAGCGGUGACUGUAUGAAGAAGCACCGUAAAUCUGGGCCAGGAAGAGACUCAAAACAUGAGUUCGCUCACCUGCAAGUGUUUACAGAGGAUGGAAAUUUAUGCACAUUUCCUUUCCGGUAUGGUGGAAGGCUUUAUCACUCGUGUUUAUCAAAUCUAUUUUCCCAAAAGAAAUGGUGUUCAACAACACAUAACUACGAUCGGGACAGGAAAUGGGGGUACUGCACGUUGCUCUCUACAGAGCACUCAGAUUACUGUGCAAACAACCCUUGCCAAAAUGGAGGGACCUGUUUUCUCGCUCAUGGUCGUAGGACAUACCACUGUGCCUGUCCUGAGGAAUUCACGGGAAGAGACUGUCAGAUGAAGAAAUGUUUUGAUGAUAGUCUCUAUGAGUUCUUUGAUGUGGACAUGAGGUGGUCAAGAGUCAAACAAGGAUCUGUGGAGCAAUGCAUUUGUGUGGAUGGGCAGAUGGAGUGCCUGAGAGUUGAACACAAAAGUUGUGUUCAUGAUCCUUGCAUGAAUGGCGGAGAAUGUAAAAUGAUUGCCUCCAGUGGGAAAACCGUGUGUGACUGCAAAGGACCUUUUGUAGGAAAGUACUGCAAUAUUGGUAAGUAUAACAACAUACUGUGGGAAGGGAAUUAGGAGUUUUCAGCUGUG